AUGGUUGGUAUUGGUACCAACCGCGAUAAAUUUCUACUAACCCUCUGUGGUAAGAAUAACUGGCCAUCGAUAAUCAAUCAUCCUCAGAAAAAAGAAAUCCCAUCAUUUCUCGAAACUCGAAAGCCCGUCGAUCGAAACCCCUCCCCAGAAUUCCACCUCUGUAACCGGCAACAUCUUCUCUACAUCCCACCUGGGUUUCACACCGAUGAGAUGAUCGUGAACUCCGGCGACCCAAACAACACCCUGGACUCCAGCUCGAGGUCGAUAAACGAGACAGUGAAUGGCUCGCACCACUUCACCAUCCGCGGCUACUCUCUGGCCAAGGGCAUGGGCCCUGGGCGGUACAUCUCGUCGGAUACUUUCAACAUAGGGGGAUAUGAUUGGGCGAUUUACUUUUAUCCCGAUGGGAAGAACCCGGAGGACUCCUCAAUGCAUGUCUCGAUAUUUAUCGCCUUGGCUAGCGAGGGCACUGAUGUGAGGGCGCUGUUUGAGCUUACUCUUCUGGAUCAAAGUGGGAAGGGGAAGCAUAAGGUGCAUAGUCACUUUGAUCGAGCGCUGGAGAGCGGGCCUUAUACGCUGAAGUACAAGGGGAGCAUGUGGGGUUAUAAGCGAUUUUUCAGAAGAACUUCCUUGGAAACUUCAGAUUUCUUAAAAGAUGAUUGUCUUUCUGUGCAUUGUACUGUGGGAGUUGUUCGAAAUCGUGUUGAGGGACCAAAGUUGCUCAGUGUUUCCGUUCCUCCAUCAGAUAUGGGUCAAAGUCUUAAGCAUCUGCUUGAAUCUGAAAUUGGCUGCGAUGUAACUUUCCGACUUGGGGAAGAAUCAUUCAAAGCUCACAAGUUAAUUCUUGCAGCCAGAUCUCCUGUGUUCAAAGCUCAAUUUUUCGGACUUGUUGGAAAUCUAGAUAGCAAUGAGGUGGAACUAGAAGAUGUGGAGCCUUCUAUAUUCAAGGCACUGCUCCAGUUUAUUUACUCUGAUGAGUUCCCCAACUUUCAUGAAAUAACUAGUUCAGCUUCUGCACCUUCUGCAAUCUUGAUGCAACAUCUGUUGGCUGCGGCUGACCGGUUUGGUUUAGAUAGGUUGAAACAAUUGUGUGAAGUGAAACUAUGUGAAGAGGUCUGUGCUGAUACAGUGGCAACCACUCUUUCCCUGGCAGAGCAGCAUCACUGCAUGCAGCUUAAGGCUAUUUGUUUAAAAUUUGCGGCAACAAACUUGGGAGGCACACUCUUGAUGCAAGUAAAUGCAUUUGUCAUGGUAAAUGGAUUGGUGAUGCGAUCAGACGGUUUCAGACACUUGGAACAGAGCUGCCCCUCUCUCUUGUCCGAGUUGCUGGAAACUGUUGCCUCUGUGGAUGAGAAGUCGAAUCUUUUAUAUGGUAAGAAGAGGAGUGGGAGCAGUAUAUUUGGGCUGGAUCUGGCUGUGGAUGGUGGGUCCCAGUCUGUGGAUAACAAUGGCCGCAGGCUGAGGAGGCGGGCUUAGUGUUGUGGGCUUUCCAAUGCAUAUGAAUGCUCACUAGAAACCAGAUUAGAUGCGUAAUGUAUAAUCUAGCAUGUUUGCUUCUACUGUUGUCGAAAAACUUGUAGCUGAUGAUACUUAUGUUCCAAUAUUAAGCUUAUUUUGUGGACUCCGCCUCUUCUAUUGAUACGAUGUUUUUGGUCCGUCUCUUUUCAGUUUGUAGUGAACACCGGUGUUGUUUUUGGAGAUCACUUUUAUAUGUCAAUAAGCAUAUGAGAAGAAUUGUGGGCAAGAUUGUCUUCUCUGGAGAGAUUAUUAGGUAGAACCGUUGAAGGAUCCAUUUGCGAGAGAGAAUUUGUUUGCUUCCCUUUUUCCAUUCAUGAGUUUGUAUGUGUUUUCAUUCCCCUGUGAGACCUCAGAAACUGGGAUAUACCCUAAUUUGUUUAUGUCCCUUUUCCAGUCAAGUCUUUGUAUGUGCUUCCAUAUACACCUUUUGAGACCGCAUUCAAGAGUUUGUAUGUGUUUCCAUAUACCCCUUUUGGAACCCCCAAAACUGGAAAUAUUGCUUUGCCCCAGUGCACCUAACAAUAAACACAACUUCGUC